UUCCAUGAUCGUGACUCAGUACUCCUACAGCAGUCUGAUGAGUCAUUGACAACCUUCAUGAUUUUCCUUGGGAAUUCCAACACACAACAGAACUUCUGAACUCGUUGCGUGACGCUCUCCAAUGACAGACAUCUCUCUCUGUGGAUCUGUCUGUAUUCGAUUCAUUUGACCGGCUUUGUUAGUUAUUAGUUAGAAAGCUCGUCGAAGGAAGACAUUGAGUUGAUCUGAGACAGCCAAGAUGUGGCGCCUCUCUGUAGCUCUUUACCUGCUUUACCAAGCUGCCAACAUUCCAUCAGCGAUUGGCUUUGCCCCAGCCGGUGGUGGAUUCAUGUUGACAUUCGAGAAGAGCUCGGUUGACACUCAUUAUCACAGGGAGGCAAAGCCUCGCAAAACACAGAAACUCUGGAUGAGUGACAUUGAGAAUGACAACAAUACUAGUAAUCAUAUGCAGACUGAGGAAACGCCCGACACGGAGACUACACCGGAGGCUCGCAAGAGGGUUUUGCCGGAACCGGUGCGACAAGUGAUGAAGUUUCUGGAUGACGCCUACAGUGUCUUUACCAUCUUUUUUGGUGCCUAUUUUGCUGUGGGUAUUCUUCUGAAUCUCUGCGGUUAUGGCUAUCGCCUUUCCAAGGAUGGUUAUGAGAUUGACACUAUUCAACAUAUCCGAAUGGAAAACCAGUUCAAGCGAGCUGCCCAGGAAAUGGCACCAGAACAUCAACCUCCAUCGGCACUACCCAAGUGAGACUUGGUGAUGCACUGUAGGAAUGGACAGACAUUGUCAGAUACCGGUAUGUGUUCGGGAUGAUCAUGGCCGUUUCACCGUGAUCUAUUUGUUUGGUAAAUUCAUAGUAGCGAUUAGUUUGCAUGUC